AUGGAUAUCCAACGCUUUGCGGCUCCCAGGACCACUCGGCACUCUCCAAACAUUCCGGAAUACCGUUUCGGGCACGUAUCCAAUGCCAUCUUCGAGAAUGAUAUAGAAGAGCUCCAUAGAGUUCUUUCCACCAUCAGGAAAAUGCCGCCGGCAUCUGUCUAUCAGGAAAUCGUCCCAAUUUGGGAAACCAAGAGGAAUUUUGUCCAUGCCGUACUAAAAUGGGGCGACAGAGCGCAUAAAUUCCAAGUCCUACAAGCAGCCGCCAGCCAUAUUUAUCGGCAUGACGAGAACGAAAAUUUGGUCCACAGUAGUGUAGCCGAAGAAAUUAGUAUCUGUAUCCUAACCCAGUCUCCGGACGUCAUUUACCACCGGCACCACGAUGGCCAGCCAACCGUCCUUCAUAUUGCGGCAAAGUCCCGUUCAGAGGCACUCGCCCAAACAAUAUUUUCUAGCAUGCAAAACAAUGAAACGUUUGAUCAACUCCUGCAUGUCAGAAAUAACCAGGGAUCCAAGACGCCUCUCAGAAUUGCGGUUGAGAAUGACUCCUUGUUUUUUGUCCGCCAGAUCCUGAGAUACAACACGCGACCAAUCAACGACAGCAAACUCUUGAAGUGGGUUCUGAACGAGGGAUCCAGUGAGGCCCUUCUGACACUUAUAGAGCUUCGGCCAGAAGAAAUGGAUGAGAGUGUGCUUCAGCAUGCGCUGAAAAUAAAAAGCGAGAGACUAAUCAAUGCGCUUAAAAAUGCCCGCGAGUGCCAUGAUUUGUUUUUUAGGAAACGUGGAUUUCUUCACCAGUUGGUAAAAGACGGUGAAACACUUAUAGUCAACACCUUAUUGGAUAAAUUUCCGGAGCUAGCUCUAGAACUUGACGAGGAGGAAAAGCCAGUGCUGUCUUACAAUUCUGACGAGUCCAUCAGGGACAGGGUGGCCGGUAUUAUACUCCGAACACUUCCUUCCAUGUGCUCAGAAAAGCGACAGCGUUACUAUCGUCUCUGUGCGGAUAACUCAUCGAUACCGUCCACGUCAGAAAUUGUGAGGGCUUUGAUAGAUGAUGUGCCAGAUAAAAGAAAAGAAAUAAGCCUUUCUCUCGGAGGAUUUGGCUCAUGGGUGUCACACGCGGAGUCAUUUCUGGGUCUCAUUCAGAAAUCCAACAGCUACACCUCACCCGAUGACAAACCAUCAAAUGCUCUGUUGCAGCUCAUGUUUGAGAAGAGCUUGAUUUUUGUCGAUAUACCUAUAACGGACCUGCCCGCUCCUCGAACAGACGGCAAGCCAACGCUGAUCCGUUCCGAAGUGUGGUCCAUCCUGAACUGGCUGCAAAAGACAAAACAUGUCGAGGGAAUCUAUGAGCUCAGUAUCCGGGACUCGUGCUACCUCCCGCACGCUGAAAAUGUCAUACGGGCCUGCUUGAAAGACUUCAACAUCUCCGUCCUCGAUUGGCGGUGCCCUGAUCUAUCGCUGGAAGUGCUCCAUGGCGGUGAUGAGAGCAAAACCCCGAUUUGCCCCGACUUGGAAACGCUAAGGUUGUAUGCGCGAGGAUGGCCAGCAUUGGCCUAUUGGACUAGCGAAGAGAGCCUUUACUUUCUUGGCAGAUUUACUAGACUGAAACAGGUUGAAAUCUUUGUUCUAAAGGAGUUUGUCGGCAUGACACUCUGUGAGACAUAUGCAACAGAGGCGACGGAACGAUUCAAUAAAUUCAAGACGGCACACAGCAAUGCUAUUACCUUUCAACUCGAAAUUACCCCGAAACGUUGGUCCGACCUCAGCCCUACAGACCAACGUCCCGUGUUGCGCCGCGAGACCACAGCGGUGGAGGUUACGAAGCUCGGCGACUUCCUGUUGGCGUAUGAGAGCAUACAUAGGGAUUUUGCCAAUCAAGCAUGGCGAAAUGACAGGCUGGAAAAAGGUAUAUUGUGCAACGACCUAGACGAAAGCAGGAAGCACACACCAUACAUCAGAGUAGCCAUCAUCGACAAUGGCGUUGAUCCUGAAUCCAUCCAUUGUCACAAGAUCACGGGCGCCUCGUUUGUUCCGUCGCAUACCGGCGAAAGCAACUGGUGGUACAUUAGGCACCCGCACGGAACAAAGAUGGCUCGGAUUGUGACUGACCUGAACCCGCACUGUCAUCUCCUCGUGGCCAAGGUGGGUGAUUCCCGGUCAGAUUUCAACGCCGCCAGGAUAAUCAAGGCGUUGGGCUGGGCAGUUGCUGCCGGUGCCGACAUUAUAUCGCUCUCCCUAACGUUGGACAAGGAGGACGUCAACUUGGAGCUCGCUGUGAAUAAGGCCGCGGCGAGCGGUGCCGUUAUCCUCGCCAGCGUGCGCGGCGAAGGCGUCAACACGGAAAUCAAGCCGAUCCCGGCUGCCUACGGCAAUGUGCUUGCCAUUGGGUCCGCUGAUGGCACUGGGGCGGCUUCGUCGGGCACUCUCGAGGGCCAAGCGCGCCAUCUCUUCCCGGGCGAAAGGAUUGUAGCCCACACCGAAUAUCUAGGGGGGCUGGAUGAUGCCCCCAACGUCUCGGGUCCUUCGGUCGCAACGGCGGUUGCGGCAGGCGUGGCGUCGCUUGUCUUGUCAUGCAACCGCUUUGCGCUCUUCAAGAAACAGAAUUUCAAGAGACCAAACUACCACCAUAGGCUACAAGUCAAUGUUGUUAAGCAGAUCUUUGAACAGAUGAGCGACGGAAAGUAUGUUCGUCCCUGGGUGUUUUUCAAGGACGAGAAAGCGAAGCCAUCAUGGGGUGAAGGAGAUUCAGUUCUUGACUGGAUAGAAGGCAAGUACAGAGGCAUUAGAGAUGACGGACGAGCCUAG